CUUCAACCGCCGCGGCCCACUCGUUGGUGCGUUUUCUGCUUCCUCGCCAGCGCCCCGGACUCGCGGCCCGACCCAGAAACCCGGCCUGCGGACGCCUCUCCUCUACCGCGGGGACGCGGUGGCCCGUGGAAGAAGAGAGGCCGCGGGCGAGUCGACAGCACGGCCUGGUUUUCGCGGCCGGAGGUCGCGGCUCCCGCUGGGGACCCAGCAUGUAGGUGUCCGGCGGAUGCUAUGAACCCCGAAACCAUGAGGAUCCACAGCCGCGGCCGUUUCCAGGGUGGACUCCAAGUCAAAAAUGAAAAGAACAGACUAUCUCUGAAUUCUCUGAAACCUGAGAGCAGACCAGAAAAAUCCAAAUACAAGCCAUUUUGGGGGAAAAUAUUUUACCUUGACUUACCUUCUGUCACUAUAUCCGAAAAACUUCAGAAGGACAUAAAGGAUCUGGGAGGGCGAGUUGAAGAAUUUCUCAGCAAAGAUAUCAGUUAUCUUAUUUCAAGUAAAAAGGAAGCAAAAUAUGCACAGACAUUGGGUCGAAUCUCUCCUGUACCAAGUCCAGAAUCUGCAUAUACUGCAGAAACUACUUCACCUCAUCCCAGCCAUGAUGGAAGUUCAUUUAAAUCUCCAGAUACAGUUUAUCUAAGCCGGGGAAAACUAUUAGUCGAAAAAGCUAUCAAGGAUCAUGAUUUUAUUCCUUCGAAUAGUAUAUUAUCAAAUGCCUUGUCGUGGGGUGUAAAAAUUCUUCAUAUUGAUGACAUUAGACACUACAUUGAACAAAGGAAGAAAGAACUGUGUUUGCUCAAGAAACCAAGUACUUCUGUAAGAGAUGUGGGGAAAAGAGUUGUUGUUGGAACACAAAAAACAAGAAGAGGAAGACUCAAGAAGCCUUUUAUAAAGGUAGAAGAUAUGGAUCAACUAUAUAGGCCAUUUUAUCUUCAAUUUACCAAUAUGCCUUUUAUAAACUAUUCUACUCAGAAGCCCUGCAGUCCAUUUGAUGUAGAUAAGGCAUCUAGCAUUCAAAAGCAAACUCAAGUUAAACUAAGAAUCCAAAUGGAUGGCCACAAAUAUGGUGGAUCCUCAGUUCAACUCCAGUUGAAAGAGAAGAAAAAAAAAGGAUAUUGUGAAUGUUGCUUACAGAAAUAUGAAGAUCUUGAAACUCAUCUUCAGAGUGAACAACACAGAAGCUUUUCACAGAGUAACCAAUAUGAAAUUGUUGACGAUAUUGUAUCUAAGUUAAAUUUUGAUUUUGUGGAAUAUGAAAGAGACAUACCUAAAAAGAAAAGAAUAAAAUACAGCUUUAGAUCCCUUUCUUCUGUUUCUACAAAUUUCCUGAAAAAGACUGAGCCAAAAGAAAAAUGUGAAUUGCAGUAUAUUUGCCAGAAAGAUGCCAGUGAAAAUAAUGGAAAGGUGAUGAAGCAGAAUAUUCUGUAUGCAGAAACCCAGGAACCUGAACAAAAGCUUGUGUUUAUUUCUGAAUCUGUCCCCUGCCUUUCAAAUGAAUUGAGAGGAUUUAGAGAGAAAAGAAUUAAUGAAUGUUCUGUGUUAAAUGCAACUGAAAAUAACAUAAAACAGAACUUUACACACCUACCUCCAUAUAAAAAUAAACAGGAGAUCAUUUUUAACACAUCUGAACAUAAAUUAAUUGUACAUGAGAAUGACUUAGAAGAUCAUUGUCCGAGUAGGCUACAUCCAUAUGUACAAGUUUCUCAUCCCAGUACAGAUAAUAGUAUGCUUCAACCAAAAGGAAAGUCAAAUACGCACCUUUUUCCAUCAAAAGAUCUGAAAGAAAAGGACCUUCAUAUAACAAACGGGCAUGGUUAUGAUCUUUCAACAAUGAACAUUUCACAAGAGCACCUAAGGAUAAAGACAAAGUCUCUAUGCUGUAGUCCUCUUGGGGAACCCAGUGAAUGUGGCAGCAACAGAACUGAUGAUUUGCCCUCUGGUAGAAUCCAUCAGAAAGUGAGAAUAUUAUUAGGACGAAAUAAAAAAGAAAAUCUGGAACCAAAUGCCGAAUUAGAUGAGAAAACUGAAUUUCUUAUUGCACAAGAAGCAAAAAGAAUUUGUACUUCACCAGUACAGUCUUUGUUGGACUUAUUUCAGACUAGUGGAGAGAAAUCAGAGUUUUGUGGGUUUACAAGUUACACUGAAAACAGUGGUAUAUGUGAAAUGUUAAAUAUUUGGGAAAAGGAAAGUUCAGAUACUUUGCUAUCAACAUUUUUCUCUUCCCCUUCAACUUCAUUUAUUGGCUUUUGA